CACAACAUGUAAACAAUAAACUUCAUUUAACCGAAUAUAAAGCUAUAAAACCUCACAGUCAUAUGGAUUAACCGAUAAAUAUAAUAAAAUCAUCAGUAAAUCGCUCGUGAUUACGUUACGGAUAUGUUAGGUUAUCCUGGGGCCCAAAAUUAAUACUACACAAUGAGUUUUGAUGUGCUGCGACUGCCGGCCCAGAACAAAGCCUUACACUGCUAUUUGUUGAUGAGUAUAUGGAUUUUACUGUUGAUUGCUGGUGUGUAUUAUAAGUUUCUGGAGCCAGAUCAAAGACUGCCUGAUCCUGCAGUCACUACUGAACUCAUACAAAGUUUGACAUUUGAUGUUAAAACCAAGAGGAUAUUUAAGAUAUGCAAUUUGCCAAAUGAUAUUGUUGAAGGAGACGAAGGAAUCUUACAGUCAAACAAAUGGCUGUUGAAAGGCUUGCUGAUUUUGAUUCGACAUGGAGACAGGGGUCCUUUGCAACAUGUUAAAAAGAUCUCAAGUAUUGAUUGUGGCACUGAAGAGUCAGAUAUUCUUAAUUCCUAUAAGGCAUAUCUGCACAAUUUGACUGUUUUUGGCAAGGUCUCUUGGGUUGGACCAGGACCGUUUCAUGGUUUUCCAAUCCUCCCAACUCACUCAAGACAAUGCUUAUUGGGUCAACUCACUAUGCAAGGAAUAAGUCAGCUAUUGAAAUUGGGUCAGUUGUUAAGAAGGAACUACUUCUACGUGUGGCCGAAAUUGAAGCACUUAAACCACAGUGACAUUUUGGUCUACAGCACCAGAUAUAGGAGAACCUUCCAGUCAGCCUUGGCAUUUUUGUACGGUCUCGUUCCGAAGGAAUCUCUAUCGAAGCUGAGCAUUCACGAGAGCCAGUCUAUGAGUUUCUGUUUCAAGGAUUGCGGCUGCCCAAUCACCGACAGACUAUCCAAGUUUGUGAGGGACAGUAUAUCGCAUCAAUUGAAGGCACAUCCAGCGGUGGCGAUGCUGGCCGAACAAACGGGAAAGUCGCUGUUUUCCAGCGGGGCCGAACAAGGCAACCUCGCCAGCGAUCCGCAUGCGGUCCGAGAUGCACUGCUCACUUACGUGUGUCACGGCAGUGGUUUGCCAUGCGAGAAUCCACUAAAUUGCAUCAGGAGACAAAAUGUGGCCGGAGUUUUCGCUUACACUGACUGGGUCAACUAUCAGAAGUGGCGUAACAUUUUUUGGAAGAGGUUGUGUCUCUUGCGGUCGUACGGAUUGAUCAGGCACAUCGUGCAGCAGAUGUUGCACAUGGUUUCGAAUUCCGGCCCUUAUCUCGUGCUUUAUUCUGGACACGAUCACACCGUCGAACAACUCACCACCGCUUUAGGUCUGCAAAGUGAUGCGAUGCUCUUACGGUAUGGUGCCAGAGUUGUUUUUGAAGUUUACCAAGACAACAGAGAAUCUCAAAAUGAUGCCAAAGGUAUUUACUUUCGUCUAUUGACCAAUGGAAAAGACGUGACAAGACAAAUCGGGUUCUGUAAGAAUAUAGUUAGUGUGGAUAAGAUUAAUUUGUGUAAAAUAGAGGAUAUAGUUAGAUUUUUGCACGACGACUAUUUUACUGGAUUGAAUGUUACGAAUUAUAAAGAUGCGUGUGCUCAUAAGUAUGAUUGAAGUGAAUCUCGUUUGAAUUGUCCUGUUGUUACUAAUUUUGACAAAAGUACCUGAAUUAUUCAUAUAAAUAAUACUCAUAUUUAUAUGGAAUAUUAUAUCUCUCGACAUUGUAAUAGUUUUAUGUGUAAUAGAGACGAAAUAUCGUUUAAUUUUUUGAUUCAUAAAACAGUUCUACAGCCAAAAAUUUUAUUCUGUUAAUAAAUGUGAAUAUAAAUAUAAAAAAUAUACACAAUUUUAUUGUUUUUUAAAAGGACAAUUCAAUUAAUACAUUGAUCGAAUAAAUUCAAUUCUCUUAAUAUUUUGUAAGUCGUCUUAUAGUUCUAUUUUUUAAUGAAUGUCAAAGAAAUAUAUCUUAUGCAAACAAGACUAAAUUUUAUAUUAAGGUGAUCUUAGCUAUCCAUAUCCAAAAUAUCAGUAAGUUGUCAAUUACAAUGAAGUUUUAAAAUAGAUGGAAAACUUAUUAUAAUUAAAUUAAAAUGUAAUUUCAAUGUAGAAACAUUAUUCUCUUCAACUGUUAUUUAGUAUUUACAUUACAGUAUUAGGGAUAACACUCAUCUAUCGACGCGGCAUCUGAUUAAUAUUGGCUUAACAUUGGUUUUAGUUAACUGGUCCAUUUGACGGGCGGUAUUUGUAUUGGUUCGCUCGUUUAAAUCAGAUAGAAAAUGACGCGUUUCAAUCCCGUUUACGAUGUUGAUAGACGAAUAUUAACCCUUAAGACACUUUUAAGUUAUUUCACCACAGUAUUAAAAUCACUAUUUUAAGUUAUUUAUUUACCUGACUAAUUUACCAAAUAUGUAGAACUAUCUAUUCUAGUUAAACAUUUACAAUGAAAAUAUGUUUAAAACCGAUUAUAUACAAAAUUCACAAAAAUUUACCAUAAACAAUUUUGAGACUGCAUUAUUAUAUCAAAUUUCCGGUUGUGUAUAUAUUAUUGUUGUAUACUUAUUUGUUUUAUUAAAAUGUAAAUAUCCUGAA